AUGUUUUUAAGAUCCAAUUUCAAGACUCAAUUGAACUCAAUUCAACGUCAAUUUAAUUGUUCUCGUCACUUCUCUUCUACUCUUUACAAAAUGUCCGAUGUUAAAAUUGAAAGAAUCGCUCCAGGUGAUGGUGUCAAUUUCCCACAAAAGGGUGAUAAAGUCACAAUUCAUUAUACUGGUACUUUAGAAAAUGGUAAGAAAUUCGAUUCUUCAAGAGAUCGUAAUUCUCCAUUCCAAACUGUUAUUGGUGUUGGUCAUGUUAUUGCUGGUUGGGAUGAAGCUAUUCCAAAAUUAUCCCUUGGUGAAAAAGCCAUCUUGACUAUUCCAGGUGCUAAAGCUUAUGGUGAUCGUGGUUUCCCAGGUUUAAUUCCACCAAAUGCUACUUUAUUAUUCGAUGUUGAAUUAUUAAAAAUUAACUAA